AUGUCGAACCAAAUAUCAGAGGCCUACCUAAAGGACGCGCUCACUCAGCGCCUUCAGGCAGUCUUUGUGAAGGUGACAGACAUGUCUGGCGGCUGCGGCCAAUCCUUUACCUCCCUAAUCGUUUCCCCCCUCUUCGAGAAGCAGACCUCCCUCAAGCGCCAUCGCCUCGUCAACGCCGCGCUUAAGGACGAGAUCGCCAGCAUCCAUGCCUGGAGUGCAAAGUGCCAAACCCCUGACGAGUGGGAGCGCGAUAUGGCAGCUAGCAACGGGAAUGACGGUCCGCCGUUGGACGGAACAGUCGAUGGGAGAGUGCAGGGUGUUGCCCAGUGA